AUGGUGGUCAAAUCGUUACCCCAGCUCCGACAGCUACUCCGUCCGUACUGGAGGGUGCUGGCAUGGGUACCAUUCGGAGUUCUGGUAGUGGAUCAUGUAGGAACGCUAAAGACAGUCUCUGGCAGGAGUAUGUCUCCUACUCUGAAUCCGGACACAUCAAAGUUUGCAGAUGUGGUAUUCGUGAACCGGUGGAUCCCUCAGGUCACGAAUAAGUUUAGCAGAGGAGAAGUCGUGGUCCUCAAGUCCCCUGUGAACAACGAGCUUAUUGUCAAGCGAAUUAUUGCAUUAGAGGGGGACGUCGUCCAGACUCUCCCACCUUACCCGGACACACUCGUGCGAAUACCCAAGGGUCAUGCCUGGGUGGAGGGCGACGAGCCUUUCCAUUCACGAGACAGUAAUAAAUUUGGACCAGUUUCCCUCAGUCUCAUCGAUUCUAAGGUUCAGUUUAUUAUUUUUCCACUGACCCGGCUCGGGCCACUACCACCUUCACCUCGCUCUACAAUUAGUCGUCGACGUGUCACACCCUCUGGGCUUCAGCGAGUUCCACAAACAUUUGAACGAUUGGAAAUGGGCCACGAUCCGGUCUCAUCGCCACCGCGAACGGACAUUCCAUAA